UUCAAGCAGCAGCGCACCGACGAGCUCCGACUACGUGAUGACGCAACGCAUGCCCUAAAGGAUUGUGGGUAAUGCCGUCUCCUUCCCGUUCUCGCGAUGCGGCAGGAGGAGGGACGCCCGAGCUGCAGCAACCCUUCCUCAAUUUGUACUCCACGUUCUGAAUCCUCGACCCGGGGACUCCUCUUGGGGACUAAAACGUCAUUUGUUACGUCAUCUUCGGGUCCGCUCGAACUCGUCUCGCCUACGUUGAAGCUUCUCCGCCUAGCCUAGCCUAGCCUAGCUUAGCUUAGCUUAUUUUAGCGUCGCUUGCUAACAAAGAGACGCUAAGCGGCGACCAAGUGUGAGAGCGGAAAAGUGUUGCGAUCGGCGUGUGAAAAUGUGCGCGAGGAGGACGGCGGAGUACGACGAGGAACUUUGUGGACCGAAAGAGGAGGAGGGGCCACAAGGUCGACUGGUGGACGCUGCGUUCAAUACGAGAUAUCGAACUGUGCUACGCAGCUGCGCAGACAUCCCUGAAGAUCUUUGUACUGAGCGGCAUGAGCCAGAGCGCCCUGACAUUAAAGAGGAAGUGGAGGACGAAGACGUCCACCACAUCAAAGAGGAAGAGGAGCCCAUUCCAAUUAAAAAAGAGGAGGAGCCAGAGCCCCCCCAUGUUAAAAAGGAAGAGGAGGAGGAGGAGGAUAUCAGCAAGUUGCCAUGGACUGGUGUCCCUUUGAAGAGUGAAGAUGAAGGUCAAAGUGAGGAGAGCAAAGGGGCGGAGCCUCCAAGCAGCAGCAGCUCAAGUCAACCCAUGAAGACAGAAGGUGACGGAGAAGACCACUGUGGAGGAUCACAAGCACACGGCCUCUUCGCUCCACUAUCAGAUGGUGACGACAUGACGUUGCGCUCUACUCACACUGAUGAUGAUGAUGAUGGACAGUCUGAAGCUGAUAUGACAUUUCACGCUGACAACAAACGAUGGAAAUGUUCUCAGUGUGGCAAAACCUUUGCUUGUAUGAAGUAUUUGAAACAACACAUGAGAAUUCACACUGAAGAGAAACAUUUUACCUGCUCAGAUUGUGGUCAAAGAUUCACUCGGAAGGGAGCUUUAAAAAUACACACGAGAACCCACACUGGUGAGAAACCCUUUUCUUGCUCUGAUUGUGGUAAACGAUUCUCUGAAAAGGGACACUUGACAAGACACACAAGAACCCACACUGGGGAGAAACCUUUUCCAUGCUCAGUUUGUGGUCAAAGAUUCUCUGAAAAGGGAAAUUUAAAAAAACAUACAAGAACCCACAUUGGUGAGAAACCUUUUUCCUGCUCAGAUUGUGGCAAAAGAUUCUUUGAAAAGGGACACUUGACAAGACAUACAAGAACCCACACUGGUGAGAAACCUUUUUCCUGCUCAGUUUGUGGUCAAAGAUUCUUUGAAAAGGGAAACUUAAAAAUACACACAAAAACACACACUGGUGAGAAACCUUUCGCCUGCUCAGUUUGUGGUCAAGGAUUCUCUGAAAAGGGAAGCUUAAAAAUACACACAAGAACACACACUGGUGAGAAACCUUUUGCCUGCUCAUAUUGUGGUCAAAGGUUCUCUGAAAAGGGAAGUUUGAAAAGACACACAAGAACGCACACUGGUGAGAAACCUUUUUCCUGCUCAAUUUGUGGUCACAGAUUCACGAGGAAGGGAGAUUUAAAAAUACACAGAAGAAUCCACACUGGUGAGAAACCUUUUUCCUGCUCAGAUUGUGGUAAAAGAUUCUCUGAAAAGGGACACUUGACAAGACAUGCAAGAACGCACACUGGUGAGAAACCUUAUUCCUGCUCAGUCUGUGGUCAAAGAUUCUCCGAAAAGGGAAACUUAAAAAUACACACAAAAACACACACUGGUGAGAAACCUUUCCCCUGCUCAGUUUGUGGUCAAGGAUUCUCUGAAAAGGCAAGCUUAAAAAUUCACACAAGAACACACACCGGUGAGAAACCUUUUGCCUGCUCAGUUUGUGGUCUAAGAUUCUCUGUGAAGGAAAGCUUAAAAUUCCACACAAGGACCCACACUGGUGAGAAACCUUUCUCCUGCUCAGUUUGUGGCCAGAGAUUCUCUUAUAAGUAUCAGGCUAAGACACACAAGUGUGCUGGUGAGAAUAGCAGCGAUCAAGAAGCUUUUAAUAAAAAUGUCAUUGUUUAAUAUAAAAAGUAAUGACUUUGUUACUGACUUAUAAAAAGCUCUUAAAGUAGCUGCCAUUAAGUCUCUUCUAAAAAAAUAGAACGCUCGACGAACCAACUCAGCAAUUUCAUGAACUCAAAUGGACUUUUUGACAAGGCUGGCUACUAGUCAGGUUUCCGAACUUAUCACAGUCCAGAAUCUGCUCUUAUCAAAGUGAUAAAUGAUAGAAACUAUUCAACUGACUCGGGAAAGGUGUCAAUUCUGGUCUUCUUGGACCUCAGCGCGGCUUUUGAUACGGUAGAUCAUAAUAUACUGCUGAACAGGUUGGAAACGUGGGUAGGACUAAAUGGAACAGUCCUUAAAUGGUUCAGGUCCUACCUGGAGGAAAGGAGCUAUUUUGUAACCAUUGGACGUGUUCAAUCUCAUCGAAUGGCAAUGACCAAUGGGGUCCCUCAAGAGUCUGUUCUUGGACCCUUCUGUUCAGCCUGUAUAUGCCACCCUUGGUGUUCUGAUAGAUUCCGACCUGACUUUUAACAGUCAUAUCAAUCCAUCCGUCCAUUUUCUGCCGCUUAUCUGAGGUCGGGUCGUGGGGGUAGUAGCUUUAGCAGGAACGCCCCUCUCCCCAGCCACCUCAUCCAGCUCUUCCGGGGGUAUCCCUAGGCGUUCCUAGGCCACCCGAAGGAUGUAGUCUCUCCAGCGUGUCCUGGGUCGUCCCCGGUGUCUCCUCCCGGUGGGACGUACCCGGAACACCUCACCAGAGAGGCGUCCGGGAUUCAUCCGAAUCAGAUACCCCAGCUACCUCAUCUGGCUCCUCUCGAUGUGGAGGAGCAGCGGCUCUACUCUGAGAUACUCCCGGAUGACCGAGCUUCUCGUCCUUUCUCUAAGGGAGAGCCCGGACACCCUGCGGAGGAAACUCAUUUCGGCCGCUCGUAUCCGGGAUCUCGUUUUUUCGGUCACGACCCGCAGCUCGUGACCAUAGGUGAGGUUAGGAGCGUAGAAAGGCCGGUAAAUCAAGAGCUUCGCCUUUCGGGUUAGCUCCUUCUUUACCACAACGGAUCGAUACAAAGUCCGCAUCACUGCAGACGCUGCACCGAUCCGCCUGUCGAUCUCCCGCUCCAUUCAUCCCUCACUCGUGAACAAGACCCCAAGAUACUUGAACUCCUCCACUUGGGGCAGGAUCUCAUCCCCGAUCCGGAGAGGGCACGCCACCCUUCUCCGACUGAGGACAACGGUCUCAGAUUUGGAGGUGCUGAUUCUCAUUCCAGCCGCUUCACACUCGGCUGCGAACUGCUCCAAUGAGAGUUGGAGGUCACGGCUUGAUGAAGCCAACAGAACCACAUCAUCUGCAAAAAGCAGAGAUGCAAUACUGAGGCCACCGAACCGGACCCCCUCUACGCCUCGGCUGUGCCUAGAAAUUCUGUCCAUAAAAGUUAUGAACAGAAUCGCUGACAAAGGGCAGCCUUGGCGGAGUCCGACCCUCACCGGGAACGAGUCCGACUUACUGCCGGAUAUGCGGACCAAACUCUGACUCCGGUCGUACAGGGACCGAACAGCCCGUAUCAGGGGGUUCGGUACCCCAUACUCCUGAAGCAACCUCCACAGGACCACCCGAGGGACACGGUCGAACGCCUUCUCCAAGUCCACAAAACACAUGUAGACUGGUUGGGCGAACUCCCAUGCACCCUCGAGGACCCUCCCUAGGGUGUAGAGCUGGUCCACUGGUCCACGGCCAGGACGAAAUCCUCACUGCUCCUCCUGAAUCUGAGAUUCAACGUCCCGACGGACCCUCCUGUCCAUCACCCCUGAAUAGACCUUACCAGGGAGGCUGAGGAGUGUGAUCCUCCUGUUGUUGGACACACCCUCCGUUCCCCAUUUUUAAAAAGGGGGACCACCACCACCCCACUCUGCCAAUCCAGAGGCACUGUCCCCGAUGUCCACGUGACGUUGCAGAGGCGUGUUAACAAGGACAGCCCUACAACAUCCAGAGCCUUGAGGAACUCCGGGAGAAUCUCAUCCACCCCCGGGGCCUUGCCACCGAGAAGCUUUUUAACCACCUCGGUGACCUCAUCCCCAGAGAUAGGAGAGCCCGCCUCAGAGAACCCAGACUCUGCUCCCUCAUGGGAAGGUGUGUCGGUGGAAUUGAGGAGGUCUUCGAAGUAUUCUCCCCAUCGACUCACAACGUCCCGAGUCGAGGUCAGCAGCGCCCCGUCCCCACUAUACACAGUGUUGAUGGUGCACUGCUUCCCCCUCCUGAGACGCCGGAUGGUGGACCAGAAUUUCCUCGAAGUCAUCCGGACGUCUUUCUCCAUGGCCUCACCGAACUCCUCGGAGCCAACUCACCACCAGGUGGUGAUCAGUUGACAGCUCCGCCCCUCUCUUCACCCGAGUGUCCAAGACGUGGCCGCAAGUUUGAUGACACGACCACAAAGUCCAUCAUUGAACUGCGACCUAGGGUGUCCUGGUGCCAAGUGCACGUGUGGACACCCUUAUGCGUGAACAUGGUGUUCGUUAUGGACAAUCCGUGACGAGCACAGAAGUCCAAUAACAGAACACCGCUCGGGUUCUGAUCGGGGAGGCCGUUCCUCCCAAUCACGCCCCUUCCAGGUCUCACUGUCAUUGCCCACGUGAGCAUUGAAGUCCCACAGCAGAACGAUGGAGUCCCCAGCGGGGGCGCUCUCCAGCACCCCCUUCAAGGACUCCAAAAAGGGUGGGUACUCUGAACUGCUGUUUGGUGCAUAGCCACAAACAACAGUCAGGACCCAUCCCCCCACCCGAAGGCGGAGGGAGGCUACCCUCUCGUCCACCGGGGUGAACCCCAACGUACAGGCGCCGAGCUGGGGGACGUUAAGUCUACCCACACCUGCUCGGCGCCUCUCACCGUGGGCAACUCCAGAGUGGAAGAGAGUCCAACCCCUCUCGAGAGGACUGGUACCAGAGCCCAAGCUGUUUGUGGAGGCGAGUCCGACUAUGUCAAGUCGGAACUUCUCGAUCUCACACAUCAGCUCGGGCUCCUUCCCUGCCAGAGAGGUGACAUUCCACGUCCCUAGAGCCAGCUUCUGUAGCCGGGGAUCGGAUCGCCAAGGUCCCCGCCUUCGGCCACCGCCCAGCUCGCACUGCACCCGACCCCUAUGGCCCCUCCCACAGGUGGUGAGCCCUUGGGAAGGGGGACCCACAUUACCCUUUCGGGCUGUGCCCGGCCGGGCCCCAUGGGUGCAGGCCCGGCCACCAGGCGCUCACCUUCAAGCCCCACCUCCAGGCCUGGCUCCAGAGGGGGGGGCCCCGGUGACCUGCGUCCGGGCAAGGGAAACCUGAGUCCAUUUUUUGUCGUCAUCAUAAGGGGUCUUUGAUCCGUGCUUUGUCUGGUCCUUCACCUAGGACCUGUUUGCCAUGGGUGACCUGCCAGGGUCAUAAAGCCCCAGACAACUUAGCUCCUAGGAUCAUUGGGACACACAAACGCAUCCAUCACGAUAAGGUGACGACUCAAGGAGGGGGGUCACAUCAAGUCAAUGACUAAAACUGCGUUCUACCAUCUGAAAAACAUAUCCAGAGUGAAGGCUUGCAUGUGUCACGCAGACCAGGAGAAGCUCAUCCAUGCUUUUAUCACAAGUAGACUUGACUAUUGUCAUGGUCUUCUGACUGGACUCCCCAAAAAGAGCAUUAAACAGCUGCAGCUCAUUCAGAAUGCUGCAGCUCGGGUUCUGACCAGAACAAAGAGAUCAGAGCAUAUUACCUCCAAUUCUAAAGUCUUUCCACUGUCUACCAGUCAGCUUUAGAAUAUAUUUUAAAGUUCUGCUACUGGUCUAUACAUCACUAAACGGUUUAGGUCUUGAAUACAUGAAGGAAAUGAUAAUGGAAUAUAAACCCAGGGCCCUGAGAUCGACAGACUCGGGUCAAAUAGUGGAGCACAGAGUCCAAAGCAAACAUGGUGAAGCAGCAUUUUCAUUGUUUAAGCUGUUUUUGGUCUUUGUUUUUAAAUGCUUUUAAUCAUGUAAAGCAUAUUGAGUUACCUUGUGUUUGAAAUGCGCUAUAUAGAUAAAUUAGCUUUUCUAUGCUUUGCUCUAUUGGGUUAAGGUCCGGUGAUUGACUUGGCCAGUCUCAGACCUUCCACUUUUCCCCCCUGAUGAAGUCCUUUGUUGUGUUUGCAGUGUGUUUUGGUUCAUUGUCUUGUUGCAUGACAAAGCUUCUCCCGACUGGCCAAGUCAAUCACCGGACUUUAACCAAAUAGAGCAUGCAUUUGACCUCCUGAAGAGGAGACCGAAGGGAGAAACCCCCAGAAACAAGAACUGAAAGAGGCUGCAGUAAAGGCCUGGAAAAGCAUUUGAAAUGAAGAACGCAACAGUCUGGCGAAGUCAAUGGGUCGCAGGCUCGAUGCAGUUUUUGCAAGUAAGGGUUAUGCCACCAAAUAUGAAAUGUUAUUCACUUCAAGUUCAUUUCAUGUCUGUUCCAAUACCUUUGCUCACUUGAAAAGUGGGCGGCUUCAAACAAAAGGUGCUCUGUCCUGAGUUUUUGAACACAUCUAGAUGUAAAUACCAUGAAAUGUAACCUGGAAUUCUGAACACCGUUUUUGUGAAAUAGGGACCAUAAAGACCCAUACUUCCUUGAAGCAAUGCAGGCAAUGUUUUUUUGUCCAAUGUUUUUGUGAUGUCGAUCUACUUUUGAGGGUAAACUGUAAAGUGUAUAUAUGACCAUGAAUAAAAGACCUCUUAAAACAGUGA